UGACCCUCCUUCCCUCCCCUCGUUGCCCUCCGGGAUGUUCUAAUGUGCUGAGAAGGUUUCUCUUCUCGAUCUCCCGCUCACCUGUGCCCGUCCAUGUCCACCUUUAUCCCUACAUCAUCUACGCUAUACUGUGUACACAUGCCUCGUCUCUGACAUCUCCACCGAAGCGAGAUCCCCGAACCACGCAAAGUCGUCCAUUGGAGGUCAACACUUUACUCCGAAAAGGAACAAAAGUCCCAGCCCGGCCAUGGACCCCGACGUCUGCCGCAACUGCGGCCACAGCGGCAAGCACAUCGACUUCCGGGACGCCCGAUGCGCCAUCACGGAGCGCGAUGACGCCGAGCGCGACAAGCUCCAGGCCGACGCCGCCCUCGAGCGCGCGCGGCAGCUAUGCGAUACGUCGCUGGCCCUCAUGAAGCGCCAGAUGCAAGAGUUCGAGGACGUCAACGCCGCCAUCGACACCCUCAAGCGAGCCCUCGCCGCCGCCGAGGACCGCAGGGAGCGCGUUCGGCGUGACUGCGGCACCCACGCCGACGUGUGCCGGACGGCGCGGUCGAACCUGCAGGCGGCCGAGGAGAUGGCCAUCUCAGCGGCGGGGCGGUAUUUCCAGGCCGGACGGGCCGUGACGGCGCUGGAAGAGAGGGAGCAGCUGCGGGCGUCGGCUGCGCGUGUCGACGAGGCGCCGGCGGCGAUUCCGAUGGAGGAGGACGAGGAGGAGGAGGGUGGAAUGAAUGACGACGGCGACGACGACGGGGGAAAGGGAGAGGCGGCGCGGGAGGCGGAUGAUCGGAAGUGGCAGAGGUCUAACGAGCGCUUCUGCAAGUGGCUGAGGCAGUCGGAGGCGCAGCGGCAGAUCCUGAAGUCGUCGUGGACGAAGAUGAGGGUCGCCGAGCGGCUGGCCCUGGCCGGCGAGGACGUCGUCGACAACCAUGAUGAUGACAACGAUGACGACGACGACGAGGAGGUCGCGCGGCGGAAGAGGGUCCAGGAAUGGGCGGCGGCGCGACGGCUUACGGACCAGCUGCCCCCGGAGGAGGAUCCGACGAUGGAGACGGAGUACCUCGAGUCAGAGCAUCUCGAAUCAGAGCCUGAAGAGUCUGAGCCACCGGCCGAAGUGGUGAUGGCGCCGCCUCCGCCACCGGCGGCUCCCUCUCCGGCAAAGACAGCUCCCACGCGUCGCGCACCAGCAUCGAGGACGAGAGCAAAGACGGAAAAGGCAGCGGCAGCAGCAGCGGCGGCGACGACAACACAGACAACACCGCCGACCCCGGCGAGAGGACGCGCACUACGCACCGCGCGGAGGGUAGAGAGCCAGACGCGCUCGGAGCCGACGAGACCGACGACGGCGACGACGGCGGCGACGAAGAUUAAGAAGGAGCCUGCGACGACGCGGAAAACAACAGCUCCGGCGACGAAGACGGGUGGGACCACUACUGCUGCGAGCUCCGAUGGCGCCGGCGGGCGGCCAGCGGCGAGGACUCGGGCGCGGACCGGGAAGACGCCGGGGCCCGGGCCGGGCACAGGAACGGUACCGGAGGAGGCGGCGGCGACGGCAACGACUCCGGGGCGGCCGCAGAGGGUUACGAGACGGAGAUCAGCUAGGGUGCAGCCGUAUCCGCAGGCGAAUGCACAGCCGAGAUGGAAGUGAGGCAACUUUUUGUCACGCGUUGGGAUGGCUUGUGGAAGUGUAUAUAUAUACAUAUAUGUUUGUUGAUGACCGGGGCCGCAGGCCGGUCAUGAGGAGGUCGGCCCUCCCUGUCCAUACAUACCCAGAUUGAACAGUCUUGCAUAGCGAUUUUCUUUGUUUAGUUUAUGGUUUUUAACAAGACGAGUAAAUGCUCGAAAUACUUAGAGAUUUACUCUGACAGAGCAACUCUGACAACCAAACAUGCCCAUGCUAAUGAUCUUGGUGAUGCUACCCCCAACCAUGUCCCACCCACCAUAUGUGUCCACGACUCCAAUGUCGCCAUUCUCACCCUCCAUCACGACAUUUCUAAUGCACGCACC